ACGAUCGCGUUGACCACACUAAUGUCGGCGCCUACAACUGAUGAUUUUCAACAGACAUCAAGAAAUUGUUGGGGACAAGGAACAGCUGUAAACGUAAGGAGCCCAAGAUCAAGGCAGCGGCAGAAUUGCAGCGCCGCCGGAGUUUUGUGAGAUUCUUUUUUGCAGAAAUUCUUGGUGGGAUUUCCCUACUUUACUUUCAAGAAUCAGGAAAACUGGAUUUGUUUGGUUGAUUUGGGAGGGCUGAAUUGCUGGAAUUUUGGCGGGACAGCAGCGGUUUGGGCGUUUUCUUGGCGGUCUUUUUCUUCCUUUUUCGCUUCAGAAUUUUAGUCACUUUUAAGCACAAUUUAUUGAUCUAAUGAAGGAUUGCCAAAAGAGAUGGAAACCAAACAAUACAGACAGUGUAAUUGCAGCAUUAAUGGGCUUUGAUGAAUUGCGCCCUCAGCAACCGUCUCCUGAGAAAUGCAGAGUACUGUCCGACACUUAUGUCCGCAAGGCUGCUUCUGUAGGUGCAAGACCAGGGAGUUUGAUUUCAGUUCGGCGAAGGAAUAAAGAGAUUGUGCAUGGAGCAAAGGGUGCAUCUGGAGAGAUAUCCAAGUUUAAGAAUGAUAAUGAUCUUGACAUUAAUUCGGGUGAUACUAAGGUAAAAACAGGUAUAAGAAGCCCAAAACCUGCUGGCAUUUCAGUCUCAGACUCACUGUCUGGAGCCAGCUAUGAUGACAGAAGAUCAUUCGGCAAAAGAAUUGAGCACCGUGCUCUAGGAAAUGUUCUGGGAUAUCGGCAGAAACUUGAGCCUGACUUGAUUGGAGAUCAGCUUGGUGAGCUUGGUAUUGAUUACACAAACAAAUCAUUUAAAUUUCCGCCAGAAAUAAUAGAUAAGCCUCGGCUUUUCCCAACUAGCACUGGUGCAUUCAAACAAGAGUUGGAGAAGGUACCAUAUAAUCUUGCAGAUGUAAAAUUGGAUCGACGUUCCAGAUCAGGAUAUAGAGAACAGAGGGAGUUAAGGCAUGAAAGCCAGAAACACCACCAUGAGCUAACAUAUAAAGAGCUAUCAGUCAAUAGUAUUGUGUCCCCCGGACGUAGUUGUAUUCCAUGCACCCGAGCUAAAAACAGAAACCCUCUACAAGAAAGACACAGAAGCAAAUUUGAAGAUGUGUUGGUGCUUUCUUGUCCUGGUGAAAAUGAUUAUAAAAAUUACGGGAACGAUCAACAUCUAUCUCUAGGUCAAUCAUAUCUGCCCAAUGAAUUGAAAAGGCAAAACUUUGAAAGGUGGAAAACAGCAAAAUCGGUUCAAGCAAUUGGAAUUUCUAGAGGGGGCGGAACUCUUAAUGAACUGCUUGCUUUGGCUGAUAAGAAAUUAAUGCAAAGAAAUUUGAAUCUGAGGCUUGGUAGAAAUGGUUUACACAGUCUAUCGAGUCUGCAGUCUACAAAUUCCUCAUCUAGUAGUCCUUCAGGUUUUAGCAGCGUAGAUGUUUGGGAGGAUGACUGCAUAAAAAGCUUGCCAGUUUUUGAAUUUGAAGCGAUAAAACAGAUCCUUUCAAGAGGCUGUAACUUGAAGCAAGAUGAAUCUACUGUGGGAGAUAACAAGUUGGAGCAAAAGGUUUGCAAGAAAGAUGUCUUAGAACCUAAAGGUGGGAGCAGCCAUAAGCAAUUUAAGACUUCUUCUGAUGUGAAUGCCACCAUGUUGCCGAGUUCUGAACUCUCCGAGCAGUCUAACUGUUGCUUCUCUAGGUUCACUUCAGAAAAUAGUAACCCUGAAGCAUACAUCCAAGGUUUUCAGGACGAAAUGAACAAUUGUUCUGAGAAUGAUACGCAUAGAGAAAUUGAGAUUAGUCAGAGGGUUUCAAGGUUAUUGAUCAGUAAUGUAGCUGCUCCAUAUACUAAUGAUGACGCAUAUGCUAGUGUAGAAGCGUUGGUUUGUUCUAGAACCUAUGGUGAUACCCAGUCAGAAUCAAAUCCUGGUAUCUUGUCAGGUGAAGGUGGACACUCUUGCUAUGUGGAGGAAGUUUCCAGCAGAGAGCCAUCAUUGAAUGAAUUUUCUGAGGAAGAAUCCUCUUAUUCAAACAGUUCCAGAAUUGUUCCUCCAGAGUUUCGGGACAACCGGAAGAAAACCAAUCAGCAUAGUCCUAACUCAGUUCUGGAACCAUUCAGUGCACAAUAUUCUUCUGCUUUUCAGUUCUUGGAUGGCAUAGAUCUGCAGUUGCAACUUGAAGCUUUAAAUUUUGAGACUGAAGAAACUUACUCUGGAGAGUCUGUGAUGGCUGUCUCCGAUGAUGACGUCUCCGAGGAAUGUUUUGGUGAUGUCUUCCAUGAUGCGAAAACAGUAAAAAGGUGGCUAGGAGAUGAUGAAAGUAGGAAUUUCUCUUACCUGGUGGAUGUUCUAGAUGAGGCUGGUUUUUGUGGUAUGAAAUCAUUGGAUCUCGAGACAUGGCAUUCCCUGGAAUGCCCAAUAAGCCCCUUAGUUUUUGUGGCACUAGAGAAAAAAUAUGACAAACAGACGUCUUGGCAGAAGACUGAGAGGCGGCUUCUCUUCGACCGUAUAAAUUCAGGGCUGAUGGGCAUUUUUAAUCCAGUAGUAAACUUCCAUCCCUGUGCAGCAUCUAUAAAAAGAAACCUUUGUUCCUCUUUGAGACGUGAUGACGUUGAAGAUGAGCUAUGGAAGAUGCUAAUUAGCCAGGAAAAAGAAACGAGCAAAAGCUUGUCCAACAAGGCUCUAGAGAAAUGGUUCGAGCUAGAAGAAGGUACGACAAUUAUUUGUACAGAAUUGGAGAAAUCUUUAUUCGAUGAAUUGGUAUUGGAGUUAGCUAGUUUUUGGGAUUGAUGAAUGAGAUUUUUUCUCCCUCUCAUUUUUCGUUUACACAUAGUGCUGAUUUACGCGCUGUUUGUGUAAGUGUGGUUAGAUUGUCCUACACAUGUAUACGUACAAUUUUGGCAUUCAAAAAAACAAAGAGUGAUGAAUUAGCGAUUUGGCAUGAAA